AUGCGAGGAGUCGGUCAGGGUCAGUGCAUCGAGAUCCUGUUGAUUCCUGAAGUGGCGUCGUUGGCCAACAAGGUCCUUGCGAAGGCUGAAGGCGUGGAUUCCUCACAGCGCAUCAGUCGCAUACGAAUGGCCAAUUGGGAACAGCAGAUUCUGGUUGAUAUCAUUGGGUGGUUGAUUGUGAACGGUCUCGUCAAGGACUUGAAGAAAAGUCGUUUGUUGUGCCAGCAAAAUGCCAGAAAUUUGUGGAGACAGUACGCAACAGCGCACUUGGAAAGUGCUCCGUCUGAUGUGCACAGAUGGCUGAAGGACAGCAAGACGAAAACUUGCUUGGAUUGCCUGCGAAACAGAAUUGAUUUCACUGUUUCGAACGCAGUGCCGGGCAGUCCACCCCAGCCGCUGAAGGACAAGUUGGUUCAGGAGUUUGAUGCCAUUCGUCGUGAUGGGCAUGUUUGGAGCGAAAGCGUUGUCCACGAGGUCCAAGCGACAUUCCAGGGGAUCCUGGCCUCCUUGUCGCCGGAGAUGGAGAACGAGAGCAUGGAGGGCGGCCUUGAACUCGAUGGGGAGCAGGUGCCCGACAAGGAAUACAGUCCCCUGCUCCUGCAAGGCUUCAGUAUAGCCGAGAAGAUGAAGUGGCUGCUCAGGGCCUUGACGAAGGACUUGGCUGCUUCCGGGCUGCCCUUCUUUCCACUCACAGACUUCGCAGUCAACAAAGGACUUCUGGGUGGCCACGCCGAGCCUUUGAAAGGAUUGCCAGAGUUUAUUUGGCUUAGUGACAACUACUAUCGCAGGUCCUGGCGGUUGUCCUCCGUGCGGCGCAUCAAGAAUGUGAUAUGCUUUCUGGAAUGGGUGCCUGAUGCGGCCUCCCUGGCCACACUUGCGGUGACGUCAAAAAUGACAGAGCGUCAACGCGAGCGCUUGGAAGAGGUAUACCGGUUGUACGACCAGGAUGGCGACGGAAAGAUCAAGGGUCAUGAGCUGCGUGCAUUCUUCCAAGCCCUCGACCUCGAUGAGGAAGGUGAGGAGAUCCAGAAGCGGCAUCAUGGGUCGUUGUCGCUCAAGGAGAUCCAAGAGGAACUCACACGGGAGACGUUCUACCGCAUGCAGAAAGGGCGGUACUUCGUCGUGUUGUCUUUGGAGGAGGCUGAGCACCUACGAGGCUCUAUGCAUCUCCUGGGCUCGGAUUGGCCCAAAACCUGCGGCAUUGCUUUGCGAUGCCUUGGAAAUUUGGAGUCCAAGCUAGAUUCAUCCUUGCUGGACGAACUGGGGCCGGUGACGGAGCGCGCCGGCCUCGCUUGA